AUGUCUACACCAGGGGAUAAGGGUGAUGAACCACCCCAUGGAGACCCAGGAAGACAAGAGCUGGAAGAGAAGCUGAGAGAAUUAGGGCUGGAUACACAGUAUUGGGUGCCUAAGCUGCAGGAAUACCUGGGGGUAACCUCUGCCCAAGCUUUACAACACCUACAACAGAAGGAAAUCCUGACACUGAAAUCCCAGGCAAAACAUCCUUGGGAGAAACGGGCAUUGGAGAAAGUUCUUCAGCCAUCCAGUGGCCAAGGCUCAGAGAAAAUGCAAGAGAAUCACUGGGUGACAGUGAAGGAGAGACAAGUGUGGGCACAGUCAGCCUUGAAGGAGCUGAGGGAGAUGCAGGCAGCAGGCAAAAGCCGACAGGAGGUGAUUGUGAGGGAGAAGGAAGAGGAGCUGAGGCAGGCCAUGGAGAUCCCACACAAGUACUGGCCACUCCCUGAGAAACCCCUAACAGAGGUCAUAGAAAACAUGAAGAGACACCUCAGUCUCAUAGAGGGCACACUCUCCCAUAGGGAGAAUCUUCCUGACAGGGAGCUCCUCAAAAGGAUAUCAGGUGGCCUCGCCCUGCAGGGCAUUUACCAAACCAACCACCCUGAGGAUCUUUUGGGGAAGAGAGAAGAACUGCUCAGCCUCCCAGAGAACUUCUUCCUGCUCAGCCCAGCACAGGGAACAAGGAUGGAAACAAUGGAGUUUUUGUCUUCUCAUGAAGAGUCCAUGUUUACUGAAAGCAUGGAGAAAUUGGGGUUCAGUGUUAGCUUCUUGGCUAAGGGUGGAGGUUGGGGUUUUAAACUGGAGGCCAGCACCAAUUACACCAAAUCUUCUGAUUCUAGAGAAGUCCAUAAGUCACGGUCUGAGCACACUUACAGCUGUACCACCAAGUUCUGCUAUAUUCCAUUGGCCUCCUGCCACUUUUCGCUGGACCAGCUCCACCUAUCCAGGUCAGCUCUUCAAGAAUUAAAACAGCUGGAGCAACUUCUGAGUCACUCCAAUGGUGCAGAAACCAAUCUGAAGCAUAGAUGUGAAGCAUUUUUCCAAAGGUUUGGCUCUCAUGUGAACCAGGGCCCAUUGCACUUGGGAGGAGUGUUCUGGUGGAAAGCUGUAGCUGAGGGCUUCAGGUCAGAGGAACUGAAUGACGUGAAGCGACAAGCCUCAGAGGCACUCGAUGUGUAUGUUGGGGGCAGCUACAGUGGAUUUGGGGUGACAGCGGCAGCCACAUUCAGUGCAUCAAAUUCUCAGUCCCAAACGGCUUCUCGUAAUACAAGCUCUACCAAUUUGCAAGCAAGAUUCCAAAUGUCUGUAUAUCAAACAGGAGGCCCCCCAGAAGUGGAUUCUCUCCCACAGUGGAAAGCUGGUCUUGUGGCCAGUAACCACACCUGGUGUGUCAUUGACCGAGGCUAUCAGCUAGUGCCUGUCUGGGACAUAAUUCUGUCUAACCACAGACAAGAUUUUCAGGAUCCUCUACAAGUGACUCGCUGCCUCACAGACCUUUACACAGCCCUGACUGGCCGAUGUGCAAGGAUCCAGGAUGGUGAGGAGUUACUGAGUGCAGUGGAUGAUGCUAGGUCUUUUGUAGAAGAAGUGAAAUCCUGGGACAUCACUGAGCCUGAGGAGAAACUGAUGAAACUGAUGGACUUCAAGCAAAACCUGAGUGAGCAAAAUAGGAACUCGAACAUGUGGAUUAAUAUCUGUCUCAAAAACCUGUCUCUGCAGCAGUUCUUGGUGGACAUUGUCAAUUUUUGCAAGGACUUGCCAGUUCAUGAAACCAAAUUCAUUAAAUCCCAGUUGCGUAGCCUUCUGUAUCCUCAUGUCUAUCAAGUGGAAGACUUCCCACAGAGUCACUCAAUUAUGCAGUGGGUUUUUUACUCAGCAAAGGAGCAACAGGAUAUCCAUGUCACAGAGUUUGCUGACUUCAUUCAGCUCUUAGAAAAGGCAAAGAAUGACCUUCUUGAAAUAAAUCACAACCCAGAGUACUUAGGAAAGAUGGAAGAAGCUCAAAGAAAGGUGACAUAUAAGAUUGGUUUGUCUCUCAGCUGCUUUCUGAAGACUUUGAAACAAGCAGAGGCAUUAGGCACAUACCUGCUGCUACUUUCCAUUGCAGCUGGUGCAGGGUACAAGGAGGAAAACCAAACCUUCCACUGUCUCCUAGGAUGUGAAGAAUUAAAUUUCCUAUUAUGUGAAAUGAAAGAAGCCCAUGAAAAGUACCAGAACCUCAAUAAGGAAUGUGGUUAUAGGGCUCAAGCAUUCCUACUGUUCACAGGGCUCACAAUAACUCCUGGACCUAUUGCUGUGUCUGCAGAAGAAAAGAUGCAACGAUUGAACCUUAUUCAAUCUCACAUGGGACAGUCGUGGACCAAAGAAGUGCUUCAUGUCCUCAAGAAACCAAGGGCUGGUCAUGAUUGGGAAACUCUGGAGAAAGACCUGAAUUUCCUCAUCAGUGGGGAAUAUGAAGCUACUGUGAACUACAUACAGAUGGACCAGGUGAAAAAAGAACUGGACAGUGUGUCUCAGAGAAGGAAAAAGACAUAUGAACGAGAACCAAAUACCAUCACACACCAGGAAGUGAUAAAAAAUUCCAACUUUCUAGAGUUAGCCAAGAGGCUUGGUCUGGAGCAUUACUAUCCAAGGAGGAUGGGACGAGAAGAUUUCCAUCUGAUCUACAAGACCUCUGUGCAUGACAGUCAACCAGAAACAGACAAACAAUUGCCAUUUUAUUUCCUACAGAAGUUAUUGAUGCUGGAUUAUCGACUGAGAUACUUGGUUUGUAAAGGUGAUGGAGACACAAUGGGCAGUGGGAAACCGACUCUGACAAAUCUUGAAGAUGACACUUUAGAUCCUUAUGAUGACUUUUUUGACGAUAGGAUUACAACCCCUCACCUCUUGUCGAAAGGUCCACCCCACAUCCACCCGAUGGACACCCAGAUGGUGAUUUUUCACUGUGCCGAUGAUUUCAUGAGACAAUACAUUUCAAACAAACUUUCCAUUUGUCAAUUUGCUGUCCCCAUUGUGGUGCCCAAUCCCUGUACCUCUGCAAUAGAAUUCCCCCUCUGGUCUCUCAGCCAAAUUAAGAAAAGCUGGAGACAGGUGGAGAAAUCAUCAGGAGAAGACACAGUCAUUAAUUUUAAUAACCAACUCAUCUCCCAGGCACCCAUUCCCAUAGUGUCCUUUAUAAGAGUUGUGAAUUCUGCUUCUUCUUCCAAAUCUCAGAUCUUGAACUCUCUGCUGAGUAAGCACAAACAUGAUGCUUUUUUCCACCGUCACUGCCGAGGCAGCAGCAAAUUCUGCCUCUUAAUGGGAGGUAUGGUAGAGAUCUCCUGGUUUUGUCCAGGAGGGAGAGAUGAGGACAGAUUUGAAAGGUGUGUUGCUUUCACCAAUCUCCGUGGAGAUGCCAAAGAUUAUGAGACACAGCUCAGAUUUCUGCAGGAAAUUGCUUCAGUCACAGUGGUCCUUGUGUCUACUUCUGAUAAAAGUGAGAGGACUGUCCAAAUGGUUCGGGACCUGUGGAAGUCAACCAAACCUUUGAUUUAUUUGUUUGAUGAUAAAGAUAAGACUGGGGGCAAUGAUUCUGGCCAGAAAGUGAGGAUUGGGAUUAGGAAUAGAAAUGAGGCUGAAUUAAUGGAUGAACUCACAAAUGUCAUCAAUCGCUUGCUGAGGACUUCAGGUCCCUUUCUCAGUCUGGAAGACUGUGCUGAAGUUGCUCGGUGCCAUGGCUUUCUUGUAGAUGUGGACAGGAAGGAGUGUCAGGAGGCUAAAGGAAAGGCACAGGCUUUGCUGGUCCUCAUGAAAGAGAUGAAAUUGUCUGAAAUGAAGGAGAGAUUACUGCCCCUUCAAGGAGAGCUUUGGCACCAGUGGUGUAAGAAGGACAAGGAGCUUUGUCACCUACGAGAGAAGGGGAACCGCAGCCUUGAACAGCACAAAAGUGAGAUUGAGACAGAUAAGCAAAUAAUAAGACAAAAGCAGUUAAAGAGGGCAUUUCCCCUCAAUGAUUUGAUGCGAUCUGUGCUUGAAAUCCUCCAGUCUCACUCAGAGAAAGACAACAGCACUGAACUGUACUUCCUACAGUGGCUGAGUACAUUCAUGGACAACCUGACCAGAGGCCACUUGGAAAACCUCCAGAAGAGGUACCGCCAGUUGUGGUCCUUGGUGCUGUCAGAGAACCAAAAGGGAUCCAAGAGUGACUCUUUGAAAUGCCACCAAGUGGAACUAGAAGCAGUCUCCAAGGAGAUUAGGGAUUCCUCAUUGGGUAUUGAACAUCUCCUGAGGGAGGUUGGCCAGAUCUAUGAAGCUUUGGAAGAAGCUUCAUCCCAGAUGGACACCGUGUUCUUCUCCCUUCCUCAAAUUGCUGCUGACCUGAUGGUUUCUGGGUACCCCCUUGAACUGAUGGAUGGGGAUGCUUCUUAUGUACCCCUGAAGUGGGUAGCAGCUGUUUUUGAUAGAUUGAGUGAGAAAAUUGGAGACCAAAAGCUCUUUGUUCUCUCUGUUCUUGGCCUCCAAAGCACAGGGAAGUCCACUCUGCUGAACGCUAUGUUUGGCCUGCAGUUUAAUGUUAGUGCAGGGCGAUGCACACGAGGAGCUUACAUGCAAUUGCUGAAGGUGGAGGAGACACUCUGGGAAGAGCUGGGCUUUGGCUUUGUCCUUGUGAUUGACACAGAAGGACUCCGGGCCCCAGAACUCAAUGCUAAAUCACAGAAUCGGGACAAUGAACUGGCAACUUUUGUUAUUGGACUUGGAAACCUGACUUUGAUCAAUAUAUUUGGAGAGAAUCCUUCAGAAAUGCAAGAUAUCUUGCAAAUUGCUGUGCAGGCCUUUCUGAGAAUGAAACAAGUGAACAUUUCCCCAAGCUGUCUCUUUGUGCAUCAGAAUGUGGGGGAAAUCACUGCCAAAGAUCAAAACAUGGAAGGAAGAAGGCGACUGCAGCAGAGACUGGAUGAAAUGGCAGCCACAGCCGCAGAACAGGAAGAGUACUCUGGUAUUACCUGCUUCAGUGAUGUCAUUCGAUUUGAUGUUAGCACCCAUGUCCAUUACUUUGCUCAUCUUUGGGAAGGGGAUCCUCCAAUGGCCCCUCCCAACCCCACUUAUAGCCACAACAUCCAGGAACUCAAAAGAAGAAUUCUCUUGGUUGCCAAGAAAGAAUCCAAAGGCAGCAUCCUGAAGAUGUCUGAGGUGAAAGUCCGCAUCCAUGAUUUGUGGAAAGCCUUGGUGAAUGAAAAUUUCAUCUUCAGCUUUAGGAACACCCGGGAAAUCAUGGCCAUGAUCAAGCUUGAGACAAUGUAUAAUAACUGGACCUGGAAUCUAAGAAGUCAUGUGUUGGAUUUGCAGAACCAACUGACCAAUCAGAUUCAGAAUGGAGAAAUUCAGGAUCUGAGAAGAAGUGUUAUUGAGGCUAACAUUGCAAAAAAAUAUGAAGACAUCAAGAAAGAGCUUCAAAAAUAUUUUGAUGAAGACCAAGAGAAUGAAAUCCUGAUUCAGUGGAAGGGAAACUUUGAGAACAAGCUGGCAAAUCUAAAAGAGGCACUUGUUUCAGAAAGCAUCAGGAAGUCCAAUGAUUUGCUUAGUUCAAGGAAAAGUCAAGAUAAACUGGAUCAAAAGAAAUCAGAAUAUGAAAAAGAACUGUUGUUAAGAAGCAGAGAUGUGGCUCUAUCCUUAAUGGGUAAAGAAUUAAGUGAGGAGGAGCUGAGAGAGAGAUUCAGUCUACUUUGGACAAAGUGGGUCUGUGAAGUAUCCUCCAAUUCCCCUCCUGCUGAAGACCCCAAUAUUGAUGUAGAUUUGGAGAAUGUCUUUCUGGACUAUUUUAAACAGGAGCACAAUGUGGUAAGCAAACUUCGAGAUCAUUCCAGAAGAAAAAAGUUUUCCAUUAAUUAUGAGAAACAUGUCAAAAUGAAGGCAAAAUUGAUGGUUUUCAGACAUUCCAUAGCAGAAUCUGAUAAGAGGACCAUAAUGCAAACUACUGAAGAUAUUUUCUCAUUGGUCACUGAAAAUAUUGAAUCUAAGUUGAGAAUGGGAAAGGAUUAUAAUAUAAGUUACUUCCACGAAAUACUGAGACUGAUUGACAAAAACAGUGAUUCUAUAUCUGAUGAAGUACGGUACACAUUUACAAAUGAAUAUAAAAUAGAUUUGUCCUUAUGUUUAUGCCACAGAGCAGCAGCUCAAUUUAGGGACAUGCACACAGCAUUCAAGAGAGCACAUGAUCCUGUCACAUAUCUAGAAAACAAGAGAGAAGAUUUCUUUAUGAGUUUUAAGAUUUCCUGCCAAGGUGCAACCUCUAUCACAGCAUUUGCUGACUUCCUGUGGAGCAAGAUCAGUGCUUCCCUACCUAUAGCCAUCUGGAAAAAGAUAGCCCUUGACCUUGCUGGGGAGAUAAGGGCUAACUGUCCUGCCUUCAAUGGAAACCGAUCCAACCUGGAGAAAUACAUUCUCAUCUCUCUGGCUAAGGAAGAAAACUUUGAGAAUUAUUGGGAAUAUAUUCAUACACCAAAACAGUUUUUUAAGAAUUACAUUGAGAAAGAGAUCCAAGCGUACUGUAUAAGUAGAGGAAAUGAGAAAUUGAAGAAUUUUUUAAGUAACAGCUUGGAAUUUUUUAAGAAAAUCAUCCUUUCUGCUAUUCAUGAAUCAACUCUGGUGGCUAAGGACCAAAACAAUUCUGCAUCUAUAUGGCUAGACACAUUAUGUAAUCACCUUGGGCGUCAUCUGACCCUUCCAAGAGGAGACUUAAGAAGCAUUGAACACCAGGAGAUAGCUGACAUCGAAUUCCUUAAGGAAGCCAUGAAUGAAAACCUGGAUAUCAGAAUCCAAAGGGUGGGAGAGGCCUGUGAAAUUACAUCUAUAGAGAAAGUCGUCCCAGAGAUUCAGGCCAUGCUCUCUGAUCAGCUCAGUGGCUGCUGGAAUCAAUGUCCUUUUUGUAAAGCAAUUUGUACAAAUACAGCCAAAAAUCAUUCUGAGGAGCACAGUGUCCCUUUUCAUCGUUCUCAGGCUGUCCGUGGGUGGAAGUGGUACGAGACUGAAAAGUUUGCACUUGAUUUCUGUACCAGCUCUGUGGCAAGUGAUCUUCUGUUUGUUCUUAAGGAUGGCAGGUGUUUCCCAUAUAAGACUUAUCGUCAGGCAGGUGGUGAAUAUGCCACAUGGAACAUCACUCCAGACACAUCUGCCCAGCCAUACUGGAAAUGGUUUAUUUGUCGCUUCAGGUCACAAUUAGAAGAGCGCUACAAUCUCAGAUUCCAGGGCAGAGGUCAGAUUCCUAAUGCAUGGUUUAGUAUCACCAAGCAAGAUGUGCUGAAUGACCUGAAUAAGUAAUAAUUCCAAGUGAAGUUGAAUGUGGAGCAUUUCAAGAACUUGUUCUUUCAGAAAUGAUUUUUUCAAAAUAUUAAUUUUGGAGGCAUAUAUUAGUAAUCAUUACAACUUUACAUCACUGGUUAAAAUAUAAAUAAAAAGAGAUUUAGUGGUACAGGCUAGACAAUUGAGACCCAGAAACACUUUAUCUUAAUCUAACAGUUUUUGAUACGCAAGGAUAUAAAUAAAUUUCUGAAAGAAUUCUGUUUGCAAGAAUUAUUGGAAAAUCUCAAAAGGAGCUUCAUCGAAAUUACUUUUAGAACACCAGGUAACACCAAAUACCUGUGUUAGUAAAAAUUAAUCUGUCACCUCAAUGAUAAACAGUCACAGAAUUAGAAAAUUAGAAAAGAAACUGGAAAGGUACCUUCCUUAUCUAUAACCAGGGGUACAAGUCUUAAAUAAACAAUAGAGAUUGACAGUUUUGAAACACAGAUUAUAUGAAAUGGAAAACAUUUUACACAAGAAAAAUUAGCAUAACUAAUAUAAGAAGAGGAGGGUUAAAAUAGGAAAAAAAACAUUUGCAUCAGAUUUCUCUGGCACGAUUCCAAUACAGAGGUAAUUAACAAAUACAUAACCAAAAGAGGACCAUUUUCUAAUGGUUAAAUUUUGAAAGGAUAUAAAUAAACAGUGUUCAAAAGAAAAUCUAUAAACUCCUAGGAGUUGUACGAAAAAAUUCUCGAAACCACUAGUGAGAGAAAUUAGAAUCAAAAUAACCCAGAGGUUUUCUUCAUAACCAGUCAGCUGGGAUAGAUGACAAAAGAUAGGAAUAAUCAAAAUUUUAUUUUUGGCAGGUGGUAUUGUGGACAGGCAGAUGCAGUAAAAUAGCCAGAUUAAAAUGUAAUUGAGAAAUAUUUAACAAAAUAAAUGAAAAUGCAAUAAAACAUAGAUAAACUUAAUAUAUUGUUUUCCAUGUCAAUAUGUAUCCAUACAGAUGGUAUUCAUGGCUUAUUGGUCUGCCUUUCUAUUCGAGUUUGAUAGCUUACACUAAAUUAUUGUCAGUGGGACUCUGUAUGCACACAGCCAUUCUGGAAUGCAAUUUAAAUUAUGGAAAUGAAGUGCCUAAAAUGUCCAUACCCCUUGAUCCAGUGAGACUAUUGAGAGGCAUAAGCCCUGAGGAAGUCAUAAAAAACAAAGAAAGAUUUCUUGAGCAUAAAAAUAGUUAUAACACCACUUUUUAUGAAAGCCAGGAACUGGAAACAAAGGAGAAUCUAUCAAUAGGAGAAUGGCUGAACAAAUUGUGGUGCAUGAAUUUAAUGAUGGAUUAUUGUGAAAUAUUAAUCAAUUACUGAUCAAUCAUUUAUUGUUAAUCACAUUCUUUAAUUACACAUAUGAUUCAGUUCUUAUGAAUCAUAGUAGAUUAAGAAGUGUUUAUGAGAUUCUGCGCAGGUUGACAAGGUGUCGGCUCCAGCUAGCUUCCCGGUUAACCACAGUUCUCACUUCUAUUAAAUGCCUUUGUGUGGUUAAGUUUCUUAUUUCUAUUAAAAGCCUUGUUGUAGACUAUAGUCAUAGUUACUCCAUGAUCAAAUAUAGGUCACAUGAGGAUGGAAAACUCCCUCAGUAUUGCUCACCUGUCAAAGUUCCUCAUUCUCACGUAAAUUCCCUAUUCUUCUCAAGAUAGACUCCUAUCAUGACACUGGACCAUAUCUAAAUACCCUAACCAAUCAGAAAGUGUAAACUCCUAUGAGAAUGAAUACCAUGUCUCUCAAUUUGGGAUUAAUAUUCCUCAUUGAUUUUAUUCCCCAUUCUGAUGUUUCCCAUUUAUGUGUAUAGAAGUACUCUGUAAACUCAGUUCAGGUUCCUUGUACUAAUUGAGGUGGUCUUGGACGAUUUUAUUGGCAAAGUGCUAGUCAUUGCUAAUAAACUGAUUGUUCUUGAAAA